AUGACUACAACUGUGUCAAAGCGGACGACCAGAACUACAACAAUCGUGACUGAGAAGUCCACUGGGUCGGGGAUCACCAGAGUGAAGAAAGUAAGCCAGGUGACGAAAAUCACAUCCGAUGAAGAUGGAGAACAAGUACAAAGGAAAUCAUCAGUCACACAGCAGACACUAAAUGUUGUCACGCGGUCCUUUGAGAUCCCUUCAGGAGAGAGCAUCCCUGAGUUUGAUGAAAAACCAAAUUCCUCUGUAGUUCAAGAAGGCAAAGAUGCAAUUUUUAGAGCCAAGGUAUCUGGGAACCCCAAACCCACCAUUCAAUGGAAGAGAGGAAGUGGAAAAUCAAUCAAAGAAGGAGCAAAGAUUUUCUUUGACAGCAUCACUAAGGAGAAUGUUCUAAAGAUUGAUAAUGUCACUCCGGAUGAUGAGGAUGCCUACAAAUGCAUUGCUUCCAACACUCAUGCUGACUGCAUAUAUACCUUUUCAUUGACGGUGACUGAGAAUCAAGAUAAACAAUUGAACUUCCGGACAAUGUUGAAGAAAAGGUCAGCCCCAGCUCCCAAGGAAGAAAAGAAAGUUCCAGAUGAAAAGGAGAUGUGGGAGAUCUUAAUGAAAGCAGAUAAGAAGGACUAUGAGAAAAUUUGUAUGGAGUAUGGCUUCACUGACUUCAGGGGAAUGCUGAAACGCCUAAAGGAAAUGAAGAAAAAAGUAGAGACUGAGGCAGUAAAAGUUUUAAAGCCAUUGGAGGACCUGGAAGGAAAAAUUGACUCAACAGUUACUUUUGAUACAGUUUUGGAGCUGAAAGAUCCUAAUAUGAAGAUGCAAUGGUUCAAGGAUGGCGAGCCAAUAAGAACACAGUUCUCACUGGGGAAGUUUGAAAUUAAGCAAAUGGGAACUAAGUUUAUGCUUUCUGUGAAGAAUUUAACCCAGAAAGAUACUGGCCAAUACACCCUGGUAGUUGGAGAUAAAAAGUUUACCGUGGGGCUGAAAGUGAGAGAUGAGCCACUGAAGUUUGGGGUGGAACUGAAGCCUAUAAAGGUGGUGGAGAGACAAACAGGGACCUUUGAGUGCCGUCUCUCUAAAAAGGUGCCAUCCGUCUGCUGGAAGUUCCGAGGUGUUGAGGUGAAGCGAGAUGACAAGCAUGACAUCAUUGUGUCCGAGGAUGGGCUGACCCACACCUUGAAAAUCAAAGAUGUGCGACCAUGUGAUGUUGGCGAAUACAGCUUUUCUGCAGAUAACCUAACCUCUUCUUCACAACUGCAGAUAGCCCGGCUCCCCAUUCAGUUCCCAAGUGCAUUGAAAAAUGUUCAUGUAAAGGAAAAAGGCAAAGCUCGAUUGGAGUGUGAACUGAGCUCCAAAGAUGUUCGAAUCAAGUGGUUAAAGAAUGGCAAAGAGAUCACCAGAUCCCCAAAGUACAAUAUGAUGCAUGAAGGAAGACGGGUUGAGCUGAUUAUUGAUGAUGCUGAGCUUGAUGACAGUGGGGAAUACACAGUUGUUGCAGUGCAAGACAAUGACGAUCAAGAGUACACCUGUUCCUGUGCAUUAAAUGUUCAAGAACGAUUUGCCACAGUGAAGAGUGGAAUGUCUGAUGCCCACCCUCAGACAGGCCAACCUGCAGAAUUUUGUGUGGUGCUGAAUGACGAGAAAGUCGAUGGAGUGUGGCUAAAGGAUGGAAAAGAGAUUACAGACACAAAAGAUAUACAGAUUGUAAAACAAGGAGCAGUACACAAACUGAUCAUCAAUAAAGCAGGUGAAGAGAGUGAAGGAAAAUACACAUUCAGAGCAAAAGGAGCUGAGAGUGAGGCCAUACUCUCUGUUGCAGAUCCUCCUGUUAUUGAUCCUGAUCUACUUGCAAUGUUAUCCAAGGAUCCAAUCACUGUUAAGGCAGGACAGACAGCAACUAUUAAGAUCCCAUUUAAGGGGAAACCCAUCCCUAAAGUUUCGUGGUUCAAGGAUGGCAUGGAGGUGUUUGAAGAUAAUAGAACAGAGAUAGAGAAGUCUCCUACACAGACAGUGUUAGUACUAAAACACUGCAUAAGGGAGGACAGUGGGAACAUCAUGUUGAAACUCAAGAGUGAUUAUGGAUCAGCUUCAGCUAAUCUGCAGCUAAAUGUCAUUGACAGACCCAAACCUCCUCAAGGAAAAUUGGAAUUCCUGGAGCACACUAGGAAGUGUAUUACAAUGAAAUGGAAGGCACCACGUGACAAUGGGGGCAAACAAAUAACCAGCUUCAUAAUUGAAAGGAAACUUGUUGGAAAAAAAUCAUGGAUCAAGGUUGGUGAGGUUGACAGCAACACUACAACUUUCUCCACCAACAAGGUUGAAGAAGGACAAGCAUACCAGUACCGAAUCCGAGCAGUGAACAGUGAAGGAAUGAGUGAUCCCCUCAUUUCUGAAGAGAUCUCAGCUGGUGAUCCCAUUGAGUCGCCUGGAAUGCCAUCUCAGCCCCAGGUCACAGAUGUUAGCAAGGACGCAAUCACCAUCACAUGGACCCCACCAGUAAAGGAUGGAGGUGCCCCUGUGCUGGGCUAUGUUGUGGAGAGAAGGAAGAAAGGCAGCAACCGUUGGAUUCCAGCCACUAAGGAGCCAAUUCAAGACAAUAAGUUUACAUCUGAUGGGCUAAUGGAGGAUGUGGAGUACGAGUUCCGUGUUACGGCAGUUAACCGUGCAGGUCUUGGCCAGCCCAGCUGUGUUUCCAAUUCAGUGGUGGCAAAAGACCCCAUCCGUGCUCCAGGAAAGGUGAAGGAUAUAAAGGUGAUGGAUUCCACCAAUUCUAGCAUCUCUCUAGCUUGGGACAAACCAGAUUCUGGGGAUGAGCCUCAGGGAUACAUCUUAGAGAUGAGGGCUGAAGAUGCUAAAGAAUGGACAAAGUGCAGUAAGAUACCAAUUACCAGCACCAAUUACACUGUGGGAGGCUUGCAGGAGCGAGGCAAGUACUUCUUCAGAAUCAGAGCUGUAAAUGAAGGAGGCGUGGGGGAACCAACAGAGCUUAGCAAAGGUGUCUAUGCCAUGCCACCACCAGCCUCUCCCAGGUUUCUGGAUGCCAGAAUGCCAAGCAGCAUGGUGGUUCGUGCAGGUACUGCACUGUGUAUCAACGUGGGCUUCUCGGGGUCUCCUCCACCAAGUGUGAUCUGGCUGAAAGACGGAACCCCCACCAAAGGCAGGGAGACAAUUAAUAAAGGACCGAAUAUGUCACAGUUCCUGAUCUCCAGCGCACAUAGAUCAGAUUCAGGGAUAUACAAGAUUAUGCUGAAAAAUGACUACGGUGAAAAGUAUCAUGAUAUCAGAAUUCGUGUUGCAGAUUUUCCACGACCACCCACUAAUUUAAACCUGGUUGAGGAAGUUCCGAACACAGUGACCCUCUCUUGGGACCAUACUCCAGAUAACAUAGAGGACGGCCGUGUACAGUAUGUGAUAAUGAAGCGUGAUGCCAGCACUGCAACCUGGUACACCGUAACAGACCGCGUCUUUGGCAAUAAGUACACCGUGACAGGUCUGCUUCCAGGCAGAAAGUAUUUCUUCAGGGUUAUUGCUCGGAAUGACAUUGGAGAUAGUGACCCACUGGAUUUGAAGGAACCAUGGUACAUUGCCAGGGACAAAGGUAAACCCUUGAUCCUCCAAUUUAAGGAAUACCAGGAGAAGGACUGGACCCAUGCCCCUGAGUUCAUCACACCACUAAAGGACCACACAGUUCACCGUGGCAACGAUUGCACUAUGAGUUGCGCCAUUACUGGCAAUCCACGGCCACACAUCGCCUGGUAUAAAGGCAAGAUCCACAUUUCUGAGAAUCUCAAAUAUUGGUACACAUCUUCGAAUGGUGUCUGUACACUGACCGUUCCCAGUGCAGAAAUGAAGGAUGCUGAUGAAUACAUAAUUGUGGCUGAAAACUCCCUGGGGAAGGUGAAGUGCUCCUGCAAGGUGACUGUGCUUGGUAGAGAAUCUGAGGAUAUUGGCCUAGGAACAAUGAAGUCUGAAUAA